AUGGGUUAUCACGAUGAAAAGACAGAAGACACAGAUAGUCCCUUUAAAUCCACUGAAAAACUUUGUUCCUCAAUUCGUCUCGGCGAUUUCCUUCUUCUACAGGGCCGGCCCUGUCAAGUUAUCAAGAUAAGCCGUCCUUCUGGAACUGGUCAGUACAGAUACCUCGGUGCCGACGUUCUCUCGCAACAGCUCCACGAAGAGUCCUCUUUUACGUCAACAUCCGAAUCCGAACAAGCUGCACGAGUCCUUGACUUCAUGUCCUGGCCCAUUCUCGAUAUUGGGGAUGGCGUUGCUACCGCUAUGAACGAAACAGGCGAUGUCAAGCAAGACGUGCGAGUGAACGAUAACGGCAACCUGUUGUCUCGACUGCGUAGAGCAGUUGAAUCUGGCCGUGGAAAAAUUUAUGGCUUGGUCCUUCAUGAUAAAGGUCAAGACCUGAUUGUGGAGAUGAAAGUUGAAUACGGAGAGGGAAAUUAA